AUGCUCGAGCGCAUCCCUCAUUCACACGGGGCGCAAAAGAGGGGGCCGAUGAGGCUGAACCAUGAGGUGCGUCGAGCCAAGAUGAGGCCGAAAAUGGCACAGAUGUGCGAAGGUGGUGGUUGUGAAAAGGCCUCGGCGCAAAAGCCAAUGGCCGGCGAUUGCAGAAUCGGCGGUGCGGGAGCCUCGCAUCAAUCCGUGUCAUUGUGCAUUGCCGGCGUCUUGAUCCAAUGUUUCUUGUGGUGGUACUCCGUGGCACUGGGGCUUCAGGCACUUCAGGUCCUUCAGGUACGGGCGGCGCAGGUACACGAGGGUACAAGCGGGACACAGAUGGAGGGACCUGCAACAAGAGCUGGGUGCACCAAAAAGGCUGCUGUGCCGCAGAUGACGCAGUACCGUGUACGCGCUGCCACUUGGCUGCGGCCGCGAUCAACGCCGGGUGGGUGCUGCGCAUCAGAGGUACUCGGUACCUGGAGCAUGUACGUCACAACGGCGGCGGUUCAAGCCGGCAUGUCUUGA